CAGCAUUCGUCUACACAGGAAACCCAGUGUUCACGCUCUGCUUCAUGGCUGCGUUACUAUGCUCGCGGCUUAGUUAGCGUACGUAUGUAGAGCUGCUCACAUUACAUUGGUCGGCAGAGUAGGAGGGGACGCUGCUCUGCUGCUGUCCAGCUCUGUGCUGUGCUACACGGCUGCUCUCAGGACACAGGACUCCGUGUUCCUGUGUUAUGGUCUGUGUAGCGAUUACAUGCGUGACGUGUUGUCGGAAGAGAAGAGAGGAGAAGCGGAGCAGGUCAAGUUCAGACGCGUCCUCGACGCGCCUUUAAUGCGAACACUAGCAGCGCUGCUUUCAAUGUGUUUCACUAUCAUUUUCAGACACUGUCGGUGGUUUCUGUAGCAGCUGAAGCUUGAGACAUGGAGGCACCAGCGGCGGGAGAAGAGUGCAGGCACACGGAGAGCUGCUUUGACAGGACGUGCUCGGCUCUGACUCUGGACGACGUGUACGAAAUAGCCAAAGUGAUCGGCGCUGAGGUGGAGAAACUUAUCGACGGCUACGGGAAAGAGAGCGUGCUGGGACUGGUGCCGAGGAUAGUGAAGGUGUUGGAGCUACUGGAGAGCUUCGUGUCGAGGAACCACACUCACAAUCUGAGGGAAGAGGAGCUGCUCAAGACCUUUGAGGCCAUUCAGGUCCAACAGCAGAAGAAGCGAGGAGGGAAAGAAGGCGAGGACCAGAACAGCGACAGGAACCAAACACGGCAGGAGCUGCAGCAGAAAGAGGAGCAGUGGAGGAGGAGGUGUGAGGAGCUGCAGAUCCAAGUGCAGCAGCUCCAGGAGGACAAAGAGGAGCUGCACAGCAGGCUGAAAGGCAGCCAUGCGCAGGGAGACCGUGACCAGCGGCAGGAGCGGGAGGUGAUGCUCAAGCUGAAGCAGGUGGUGGACAAGCAGAGAGAUGAGCUGAGGGCCAAGGUCCAGGAGAUCACCACCAUCUCCAAAGAGGUGGAGGCGCUCCAGGAGCAGCUGGACCGCUUCAUGAAGAUGAACGCGGAGCUGCGGCACAAGCAGAACGUGCUGCAGGCUCAGCUGACAAGUGUCGUGGAGAGGAAGGCCGACAUGGAGGCCGAUCUGAAGGAGAAAACCAAAGACAUAGAAAACCUUCAGGCUCAGUUGGACAGAAGCAGAAGCAGCAGCAGCCCAUCUAGUCCAAGUCAAACAGCGCACGAGUCGACAAGAAAGUCACCAGGUGAUCAGAAGGAAUCCGAUCAGCCGUGCUUCACCAAGAAGGAGGUGCGCGACAUCAUCUUUGAGAGGAACGAGCUUAAAACCAACCUGUUCCUGGUGCAGGAGGAGCUCAACUACUAUCAGAGGGAAAUCCUAAAUGAAGAGCGGUGUCCGGGUUUCCUCUUGGAGGCCGUCCGCUCAGCCAUCAGAAAGAGAAGAAAACUAAUUAAGGCCAAGAUGCUCGGCAUUUCUGUCCAUGAAUGCAGCAGCAGUGACGAGGAGGACAGGAGUUCUCUGUAUGGACAAACAGAAGUAGACGGCCCUCAAGUGGACAUCACUGACAAACCAGCAGAGUCACGCAUUCAGCAUCUCUUUGGCUUCCUGACGCGGUCUGGCAGUUUCCGGAGCCCCGCCCACAUGACCAACUCCGCCUCCACCUGGGAGAUCAUCGGAGACUCGGAGGCCACAGAUGAGACGGAGCAACAACCAUCUCCCUGAACUGGCACUGACUCAAGACCAUUUGGUUUUGGAAACCGAUUUCUCUUGUCAGUCACAACAUCUCUCUCAGCUGAGUCGUAGCUCAGUAAGGGUCAGGAGGUCAGUGGGUCAGUCCAAAGGUCAGGAGGUCGUCUGAGUGCAGCCCCAGUGUAAAUGACACAAAAGCACUGUGUGAGUGUGAGACAAGAAUGUAUGAAUGUUUAAACCCUUCAGCUUUAUUUUAACUUUCAGUUCCCAUUCUUUUUUUUUUUAAAUAUAUUUUCAGUAGAAAUGGAAAAUAAGAGGAACAGUGUUUCACUACUGUACAAAAACAGUGCUGAGGGACACAAGACAAAAGAUUCUUCCUUUUGUUUGAUUUAAGUAUUAAUAGAGAAAUUAUAUUUUUCCUCAUUGUUUUUUUUGUUGUUGGUCAUUUUUAUAUAAUGAAAAUAUGAAUUUAGGUGUAGAUAUUUAUAGAGCCAUUUUAAACCAAAAAUCCAAAGACAUCACAAAUACAGUAUGUAUGUUUUAAAACUGAACAUUAUAUUAAGUUAACCUCUUACCCACUAGAGGGCAUUGUUUCAUUUGACAAAUACUAUUUGAAGUGCAAAGUUGUUGUAAUUCAUUGUACCAGACUCUUCCAGCGGUGAGUGUAUUUUAAUAAAUUAAGCCUUAAAUGUGUUCAAACACAGCAUAUUUUCUUAACUUUUUAAUCAUCAGUCAUUUCACUGCUCUAAAGUGUUUGGCUGCGGUGUGUUUGAGGACUGCUGUUCCAGCCUCUGCUGAGUGGUCAGUUCACUUGUGAAGGAAGUCGUGCGCUUCCUUGUGGAAGCGAGAGCAGGCGUGGGGAUUUUCUCUUCUCCAACAUCAACUGACGUGAAACAUCUGAACAUUGUUUUGUGACGUCUGACCAGAGCAGCACUCACGCUGACCACUGCUAUUGUGUUUGCUAAGAGACGGUGACCUUCAAAUCAGACCGUGUCUUGUUUGCAGUAUAUUUUUGUAAGCAUGUUCGUAGUGAAACGCUUAUGCUCACAAAAGCAUGUUCAAUUUCUCAAUUGCCAUCGGAGUGUACUUUAUUGAAAAAGGUGACAAAAACAAGUCCACAUGUGUAUUUUUGCGUCAAAAUUUAAUAAAAUCCUUUCAACACAGA